AUGGACGCUCAUGUCCAGCUUGUGAGAGCUGUCCAGGAAAUGCGGGCCAAGAUCAACACGCUAGAGAAGGAGAAUCAAGCGCUCCGGCUGAUGCUGGCUUCAAACAAUCAGAGAACCCCAGGCUCAGAGGGACAGUCAGGAGAUGAAGGGGAAGAGGACGUCACAGACUCUGGUGACCUAGGAAAAGUGCCCGGACAACCUCCAGCAACUCUUCACGAUGCUAUUUCCACUGAUACUGCACCAGAUGUGCACGCAAACCAAGGCAACGUCAUGAUUGUUCGGCGCUAUUCUGUUUCCUCGCCGAUCCAUUUAUUUGCUGCAAAGGAUCCCUGGACACCUGGGAAAAGACAUGCACACAGUAGAAAUCUAGAAGCCCGGGGAACAGUCCAAUCGCUGGCAUGUUCUUCAAUCAAGAAGAAAGACAAUGAAGAAAAACUGCUUGCAGAAGAUUCUUUUACCAGCAAGAGUCACAGCCACAGAGCCCUUCCUGAGCCUGUUCUUGGCUGCAGGGACAAGAUAAAGACUGUCGGUUUCCUGUUACCCAUGGGCAUCGCUCCAUGUUCCAGAAACUCAAGUUCUUCGAAGUACCCAGCAAAUCAGACCGCCAAUCAGCUGAGCACCAUUGCAGAAUAG